AGUAAAACUAUAUUUACAGAACGAAGAGAGAUUACCAGUUAGUGUCUUUUGUCUUUCUUUAAUUGUGAUUUCUCUCUUUUCGCCGAGUCGUCGAGUAUAUUCGCUGUAUUAUUCAAAAUGCCUGGUGGAAGACCGUUGUGGCAGGUGGCCGGUAAACGUGACCGGGAGCAAGAACGCGAAGCUCAAGAAUGGAUUGAAGCUGUAUUGGGUGAAAGUUUCCCUCCCGGAUAUACUUUUGAAGAUGUCUUACGAGAUGGUAUUGUAUUAUGCAGAUUAAUGAAUAAAUUAGCUCCGGGAAUCAUCCCAAAAAUUAAUUUCUCCGGAGGUGAUUACAAAAUGAUGGAUAAUAUCAGCAUGUUUCAAAAAGCUUGUAUUGAAUACGGAGUUCCGGACGUAGAUCUCUUCCAAAGCGUAGAUUUAUGGGAUAAGAAAAAUAUUUCCAGUGUUACCACGACUAUUUUUGCUCUUGGAAGAACGUGUUACAAACACCCAGAAUGGAGAGGACCAUACCUAGGACCACGACCAUCCGAAGAACACAAACGUGAAUGGACCGAAGAACAAUUAAGAGCUGGCGAAGGAGUCAUUGGUUUACAAGCUGGUACCAAUAAACUUGCUACUCAAAGUGGUCAGAGUUUCGGUGCUACCAGAAAAAUCUUAUUGGGCAAAUAGACACAUCCGUUGUAAUAUGUACCUAUCAGAAUAUAAUCAACUUUAAAUGGAGAAGUUACUUUCCUACUCGCACAAUUAUGUAACCUCUUAGAAAAAGAGUGAAAAAUUAAAAAAAAAAAAAACCAAAUCAAAAUAUCUACCUAUCUGUUCUAUUUGUUAUGAAAUUUUAUUAAUUAUUUAUAUUGAUGUAGAAAGAAAACUGGAGAUGUUUUUAUAUUAAACUAUUUUUUAUAUUAUGCAUUUAAAGAAAAAAAUAAAUAAAAUAAACGCUCACGUGUA